AUGGCUGAAGAAAUUAAAUUAAACUCAUCAAAGUUAGGCACUCAGGAGUACUGGAACGAGUUUUACGAAAGGGAGUUGCAAAAUUUUCAAAGCAACAGCGAUGAUACAGGUGAAUGCUGGUUCGAUGACUCCGAUGCAGAAUCUAAAAUGAUACAAUUCAUAGCGGACAAGCUAGAGGAAGGAGAAUUUGCGAAAGACAUUCUGUUUCUCGAUUUGGGUACUGGAAAUGGACACCUACUUUUUGAAUUACUGCAAGAGUUGAAAGAGGUUGACGACAUAAACUUUACAUUUCACGGCAUUGAUUAUUCGGCAGAGUCAGUUGCAUUUGCUAAGGAUAUCGCCAAUAAAAAGUUCCCUGGCUUUUCAUUCAAAUUCGAUCAAAUUGAUUUAUUGACUGAUACGCCGUUUCUUGAAAAUAAAUUCGACGUGUUAUUGGAUAAAGGAACACUCGAUGCAAUUGCGUUGAAUCAAGACCUCAUAAAUGGAAAGAGAGGAAUGGAUAUAUACGCUAAACAGGUCUCGAAAAUGAUGCAAAAGGGCUCAAUUCUUUUGAUUACCUCUUGCAAUUUUACAGAGAACGAGCUUAUCAAGGUCAUCACGUCAGAAACCGAACUAACAGAAUGGGAUCAGAUUCAAUAUCCAAGUUUUCAAUUUGGUGGUGUACAAGGUUCGACUGUUGUAAGUAUAGCAUUUAUUAAAUAG